AGCCCGCAGUCUCUCGAGGUCUGAAACAACGAGGGGGGGGAUCAAGAAAACCAAGCGAUGUCGACCCACCUGUCCAAGACCGACUCCGAGGUGAGCAGCCUCACCCCGUCGUCGCCCGGCCGCUCGCCGGCCGGCCGCCCCCACCCCGCGUACUACGUCCAGAGCCCCUCCCGGGACUCCUCCUCCCACGACGGGGAGAAGACCACCAACUCCUUCCACUCCUCGCCCGCGCUGCUCAGCCCCUCCGGCUCCCCUUCCCACCCCUCCACCCGCCACUCCUCCCAAGGCCCGCCCUCCCGCGGCUCCUCCUCCUCCACCCGCUACUCGGGCUCCCUCAAGCCCGCCCACCGUAAGGCCCACCCCGGCGAGGCCCGGCUGGUGAAGGGGUUCGACGCGAUCGAGGAGGAGGGGCUGCUCGACGACGGCGAGGGCGGCUGGGCCAGUGGGGUGCCGCGCCGGUGCUACGUGGCGGGGUUCGUGCUGGGGUUCUUCGCUAUGUUCUCCUUCUUCGCGUUGAUUCUGUGGGGGGCGAGUCGGCCCCAGAAGCCCAGCAUCGCCAUGAAGAGCAUAGUGAUCGAUCAGUUCGUGGUUCAGGCCGGGGCAGACUUCACCGGGGUGGCGACGGACAUGGUGUCGAUGAACUCCACCGUGAGGCUUACGUUUCGGAACACGGCCACCUUCUUCGGCCUCCACGUCGCUGCCACCCCUCUCGACCUCUCCUAUUCCCAGCUCAGUCUCGCCACCGGAAGUAUAAAGAAGUUCUAUCAAUCAAGAAGAAGCCAGAGAUCGAUCACGGUGGCGUUGACGGGAAACCACAUCCCGUUAUAUGGCGGCGGGGCCGAGCUGGGCAGCGUGAACGGAGCGCCGACCCUGCCGGUCCCGCUCUCACUGACGUUCCUUGUCCGGUCGAAGGCGUACGUCCUAGGAAGGCUGGUGAAGCCCAAGUUCAACCGGAGGAUCCGGUGCUCGGUCACCAUGGAUCCCAAGAAGAUGAGCGUCGUCGUUUCGUUGAAAGACAAGUGUGCUUACCAGUGA